CAGAUGUCCAAACAUAUGUUCUGAAUAACGUAGAGACAUAAUCCGAUUUCGAAUAGCACCUAACUAGAAACCAAGGUUUCAAAGAAGAAGCAGAGGAUGGAUGAAGAUGAUUUAGAUGGAAAAACAACUUUCACAGUGCCAGCGGCACCGAGUGACAAAGACAUAAAGACAUUGAUCGACCAGAGCAUAAACGAGUUCCUCGAGAAGGAAGACUACCACGAGCACAUGAUCGAAGGCUGGAUCAACGGCAUCACGGAGUCCGCCCUCAACAAGCUGGCCAAGCUCUACCUCACCUGCAAAAUCAUCAUCAACAUCACCAUCUUGCAGAGGAACCGAUCCAGCUUCCACUUUGCUUCUACUUGCCAAUGGUCCUCCAGCACGGAUAAGUGUCUUUACGUCGAAUGGAGCAGCCCUAGCAUGUAUGUUGUCGCCUCGGCUCAUUUGGUACAGGCUUGAACGUGUAAGCAGAGCUGUAAGAUGAAUAUCAUAAAUAAAUGUAUUCAGAGUCUG